GCUGCUGCUCCUGUCGCCGGCCCAGGCCAUGCUACUCCCGCCCCUCGUGGACGUGGCCAAGAUGGCACGGAUUUGGGCCACGGCCACCUGCGGAGAGCCGGAUCCGGACAGUCCCCAGCAGGACCCGGGCAGGGACGAGCCCAUGCGCUUCUGCCAGUUGGUUAGCCCCAUAUACCACACCAAAACCAAAACCAUCCAGGACGAGUACUGUGACAUCUGUAAUUCCAGCAACCCGGAGAAGGCACAUCCAGCCACCAAUGCAAUUGAUGGCACCAGCCGUUGGUGGCAAAGCCCUCCUGUCUCCAUGGGCACAAAGUAUGAACAGGUCAACCUCACCUUGGAUCUGGGUCAGGUCUUCCUAGUGGCCUACGUUAACAUCAAAUUUGCAAAUUCUCCUCGCCCAUUUUACUGGAUCUUGGAAAGAUCUGUAGACUUUGGACACACCUAUACACCAUGGCAAUAUUUUGCUCCAUCUAGAUUAGGCUGUAUACAAGCAUUUGGGACGAAGGAAGAUAAACCCCGCAGGGACAAUGAUGUGGUCUGUGUCACACGCUUUUCCAGGAUCAUACCUUUGGAAAAUGCACUGAUUAGUGUAUCUUUGACCUUCGGCCGUCCAGGUGCAAAAGAUUCAAAUGUCUCAAACACCUUGUUGGAGUUUAUACAGGCAACAAAUAUUCGCCUGCGCUUUCUCGAAUACGGCAACUUCAAGGGCCAUCUCAUGUCCGUUGGUAUGAGGGAUCCUAGCCUCACUGAGCAGUAUUUCUACAGUGUAAUGGAUAUCAGCAUUGGUGCAUGGUGUUUUUGCAAUGGCCAUGCUGAAGAGUGCCACAGAAACAAUCCCCAAAAACGGUUCCAAUGUGAAUGCCAGCACAACACUUGCGGGCAGACUUGCAAUAUCUGCUGUCCUGGGUUCAAUCAGAAGCCCUGGAAGCCAGGGACAUCACAUCAGAACAAUGAGUGUGAAGCCUGCAAUUGCCAUGGUCAUGCCUCAGACUGUUCCUACAAUCCAGAUGUUGAAGACCAGCAUAAAAGCUUGAACACCCAGGGCAUCUAUGAAGGUGGAGGGGUCUGCAUCAAUUGUCAGCACAACACGGCAGGUGUGAACUGUGAGGAGUGUGCUAAGGGCUAUUACCGCCCCCAUGGGGUUCAAGUUAAUGACACCUUUGGCUGCACCCCUUGCCAAUGUGAUGCUGAAUAUUCGGAUGGCUGUGAACAGGGCUCUGGCCUCUGUCGCUGCAAGCCGAAUUUCCAAGGAGACCACUGUGAGAAGUGUGCGGCUGGGUACCAUAACUUCCCGGUUUGCUCUGGAAUUCCCAUUUUUCCAGUUUCUACUCCAAGUCCACAAGAUACAUCAACUAGAAAAGAAAAAGAUACAUCAACUAGAAAAGAAAAAGAUACAUCAACUAGAAAAGAAAUAGAUACAUCAACUAGAAAAGAAAAAGACUGUGACUGUGACUUGCAAGGUGUCCUCCCAAGAAUAUGUGACAACCAGAAAAGGUGCCUGUGCCGCCCGGGAGUGGAGGGGCCCCGAUGUGACACUUGUAGCAUGGGCUUCUACUCUUUCCCUCUUUGCAAAGCCUGCCAGUGUUCACCCCUGGGAUCUUGCUGGACGUCCUGCAACCACAUAACUGGACAGUGCGAUUGCCUGCCACACUUAACGGGACGACAGUGUGACCGCUGCCUCUCAGGAGCCAUUGACUUCCCCCGUUGCCAAGGUCUUAGCGGAAUCUGUGACAUAGCCGGAACCAUCAGAUUCACCUCGGGGCGUUGCCAGUGCAAGGAUCAUGUCGAAGGUCCUAGCUGUAAUGUCUGCAAACCACUGUAUUGGAAUCUGGCCAAAGAAAACCCUUCUGGGUGUUCAGAGUGCAGGUGUCAUGAGGCGGGGACGCAGAGCCAAAUUGGAGAGUGUGUGCAGAGAAAUGGGAACUGUCCCUGCAAGGCCCACGUGACUAGCAAUGCCUGUGACACCUGCUCUGAUGGAUAUUUCACUUUGGAAAAUCAGAAUUACUUUGGAUGUAAAGGCUGUCAGUGUGACGUUGGUGGGGCGCUCGACCCCACGUGCAGAGGGCCCGACGGGGUGUGCAAGUGCCGAAAGCAUGUGGUGGGGAACACGUGCCAGGGGGCUGACUGGAACUACUAUUUCCCAGAUUUGCAUCAUAUGAAGUAUGAGGUUGAAGAUGGCACUGUACCUAAUGGCAAGAUCCUUCGGUUUGGGUUCGAUCCCCAGGAAUUUCCUGGGUUCAGCUGGCGAGGCUAUUCCCAGAUGACUGAAGUACAGAAUAAAGUAAAGCUGACGUUGGAUGUGGGGAAGGCAGAUGGCUCCUUGUUUCGCAUUAUCCUGAGAUAUGUUAACCCUGGAACUGAAGCAGUCGCUGGCCAUAUAACUAUUUACCCAAACAUGACGCAGAAAGGUGCCACUCAAAGGAAAGGGAUCACUUUCCUGCCAAGUAAGCAGCCAGCCUUUGUCACCAUCCCCGGAAAUGGCCUGGCAGAGCCAUUCUCAAUGACACCAGGGAUGUGGGUUGCUUUGAUCAAGGCCGAAGGAGUCCUCCUGGAUUACCUGGUGCUGCUCCCCAGGGACUACUAUGAAGCAUCCGCACUGCAGCCCCUCAUCACAAAACCGUGUGCCUCCCAUUGGGUUCCCCUGGAAAAUUGCUUGAAUUACCAGCAUUUGCCAGUGACCAGAUUCUCCUGUACCCUGGCGGAGAAAGCCAGUACCUUCCUGCGGGAUAAUAAAUCGGAACCCCUGACCCUGAGGAAGCCCAGCCGGAUACACCCUCUCAUGGUGGAUCUCAAUGGGGACAAGGUGGAACUGCAUCUGCAGCUGCGUGUCCCACAGGCCGGCCGCUAUGCCAUCUUGCUGGAGUACGCCGCCAACAAACUGACUGUGGUUGAUGUGACUUUGGGCAACCGGUCAGCCCUGGCAGGCCACGCGCACGUAUACAGCUGCAAGUACAGCAUCCUCUGCCGCAGCGCCGUGAUUGAUGACCACAGACGCCUCGCUGCGCAUGAGCUGUCAGGAGACACAGACAUUCAGCUCAGCCUUCACGGAGCCCGGCUCCUUCUGCAUCAGAUUUGCGUCAUUCCCAUUGAAGAGUUCUCAGCUGAAUAUCUGAGGCCUAGACUCCGCUGCAUCGCCACCUACAGGCCGCUUGUUAGUCAAGGCCUCACCUGUAUCUCCCAGACCCACAAGACUCCUCCAAGAGCCUUAAUUCUGAAUGUCCCCAAGGGGCAUCUCUUUCCUUCUGUAGAUGAAGCUGUUCUUGGACUCACCUUGCAGGCACCGCAGCACCAAGUGAUGCUGAAAGGAGUCAUACCACAGCAGGGCCGAUAUGUCUUCAUUGCCCACUUUUACCAAGCAGCACACCCGUCAUUUCCGGUGCGAGUGUCUGUGGAUGGAAGGAAACGGUGGACAGGUUCCUUCCAAGCCUCUUUUUGCCCCCAUGUGCUUGGCUGCCAGGAAGAAGUGAUCACCCAAGGCCAGGUUGAAUCUGACAACCCGAAGUCCAAGAUGGAUGUGACCGUGACCGUGUCAGUUCCGAAAGACAAGUCCUUGGUGCUGAUCCGAGUUCUCCUGGUGCCUGCGGAGAAUUACAACUCCCAAGUCACACAGUACAAAACAUUCUUGGACCAGUCCGCUGAGUUUAUCACCAGUUGUGGGGAAAACAGCUUUUAUCUCAACCCCGAGACAGCCUCUAGGUUCUGCAGGAAUUCCGCCAGGUCGCUGGUGGCCUUUUACCACAACGGCUCCCUGCCUUGUGACUGCCAUCCUGCUGGGUCCGUUAGCAACCACUGCAACACCAUGGGUGGGCAGUGCCAGUGCCGGCCCAAUGUCAUCGGGCGGCAGUGUACCCGCUGUGCCUCAGGCUACUACGGAUUCCCACGAUGCAGACAGUGCAACUGUGGCAAGCGCCUCUGUGACGAGACAACGGGCCAGUGCCUGUGCCCUCCCAACACCGUCCAGCCCCAGUGUGAGGACUGUGAGAUGCACUUCCACAGCUUUCACCCCAGGGCUGGCUGUGACAGCUGCGACUGCUCCCAGAAGGGUACCGAUAUUUCCAUGGAGUGCAGCCGGGUCACCGGGCAGUGCAGUUGCAAGUCCCCCGGUAUCACAGGCCGGAGGUGUGACCAGUGUGCUUCUGGAUACUACAAGUUUCCUGAGUGCCGGCCCUGCCGCUGCAACCGCAAUGGGACUCAGCCUCAAGUGUGUGACAAGAAGACCCAGGCUUGCUUCUGCAAGGAAAAUGUAGAAGGUGCACAGUGUGACAGGUGUCAAGAAGGAUCAUUUAAUUUAGACCCAGCAAAUCCCUUAGGUUGCACCAGUUGCUUCUGUUUUGGAGUGACUCAUCUUUGUACCAAAACAAAAGGUCUACACAUAAAGUUUAGGAGGAUGGAUUGCUGGCUCCUGCAGACAGCCGAUGGUGUCAACCUCCCUGUCAGCUACAAUCCAAGAAGCCAGAGUAUGGUUGCAGAUAUCCAAGAGCUGCCCUCCACAGUCCUCAAUGUGUCCUGGGUCGCACCUUCAUCCUACCUGGGGGACAAGGUUACCUCAUACGGUGGCUACCUCACUUACCAAAUCAAGUCCUUCGGCUUACCUGAGGACAUGGUUCUUCUGGAAAAGGCACCGGAUGUGCAGCUCACUGGUCGACACAUGUCCAUCGUGCAUGAGAUACCCAAUAACCCACAGCCAGACCAGCAACAGAAGGUGCAAGUGCAGUUGUUAGAGGGAAAUUUCAGACACUUUAGCAGUGGUGCCCCAGUGUCCAGGGACGAUCUGAUGGUCCUGCUGUCUGGGCUGGAAAGGCUGAGUAUCCGAGGCCUCUACUUCACGGAGACACAGCGGCUCACCCUGAGCUGGGUGGGGCUGGAUGUGCUCAGCCACGAUGGAUUGGAGCCAGCGCCUCUGGUGGAGAAGUGUACCUGUCCACCAGGCUACACGGGUGACUCUUGUCAGAGUUGCGGCCCUGGAUACUAUCGGGAUUACAGAGGCCUCUAUAACGGACUGUGCCUUCCCUGCCAUUGCCACGGACAUUCGAAUCGAUGCCAGGAUGGCUCGGGAAUCUGCAUUAACUGUCAGCACAGCACGGCCGGGGAGCACUGUGAGCGCUGCAAGGACGGUCACUACGGGAGCGCCGCCCACGGAUCCUGUAGGGUCUGCCCCUGUCCACACACCAACAGUUUUGCCACCGGCUGUGUUGUGAAUGGCGGGAACGUUCAGUGCACCUGCAAACCCGGAUACACAGGGUCCCAGUGCGAGAGGUGUGCGCCGGGAUACUUUGGGAACCCUCAGAAGUUUGGAGGUAGCUGCCAACCUUGCCACUGUAAUGGCAAUGGCCAGCUGGGCACCUGUGACCCCAUCACCGGAGACUGUGUAAGCCAAGAACCCAAAGACAGCAGCCCUGCAGAAGAGUGCGAUGACUGUGACAGCUGCGUGAUGACGCUCCUGAAUGACCUGGCCACCAUGGGCGAAGAGCUCCACCUGGUCAAGUCUCAACUGCAGGGCUUGAGUGCCAGCUCUGGUGCCCUGGAGCAGAUUCAGCACAUGGAGACCCAAGCCAAGGACCUGAGGAAUCAGUUGCUCCACUAUCGUUCUGCUAUUUCAAAUCAUGGAUCAAAAGUGAAUGGCCUGGAAAAAGAACUGAGUAAUUUGAAUCACGAGUUUGAAACUUUGCAAGAAAAGGCUCAAAUAAAUUCCAGAAAAGCACAAACAUUAUAUAACAAUGUUGACCGAACAAUCCAGAGCACAAAAGAGCUGGACAUGAAGAUUAAAAAUGUCAUCCAGAAUGUGCACAUUCUCUUGAAGCAGAUCUCCGGGACAGGUGGAGAAGGAGGAGGAAACAACUUGCCCAUAGGUGACUUUUCCAGGGAGCUGGCCGAGGCUGAACGCAGGCUGACGGAGAUGCGGAGCCGACACUUUGGGAAGCCCCUGCAAGAAGCCGAGGUUGAGGAAAGAGAAGCCCAGCUCUUGCUGAACCGGAUAAAGAGCUGGCUGGAAACCCACCAGGUGGGAAAUGAUGGACUCGCUAAGAAUAUACAAGAUUCUUUGAACGAUUAUGAGGCCAAGCUCCAUGACCUGCAGGCCAUGAUCCAGGAGGCAGCUGCCCAGGCCAAGCAGGCUGCUGGCCUCAACCACGAAAAUGAGAGAGCUUUGGGAUCCAUCAAGAGACAGGUGAAAGAAAUCAGUUCCCUGCAGCGCGAAUUCUCCAAGUACCUGAGCACAGCAGACUCGACUCUGAUACAGACCAGCUCUAUGCUGCAGCUAGUGGACAAAAACUGGAAGGAAUAUGAAAACUUAGCAGCCACUUUAAAUGAAGCUAGAUUGGAACUAAGUGACAAAGUGAGAGAUCUCUCCAGAUCUUCCAGCCAAGAGUCCCUGGUGGUGCAGGCAGAAAAACACGCACAGUCUUUACAAGAGCUGGCAAAGCAGCUGGAAGAGAUAAAAAGAAAUGCCAGUGGGGAUGAGCUGGUACGCCGUGCCGUGGACGCUGCCACUGCCUAUGAGAACAUCCUUAAUGCCAUCCAGGCAGCUGAGGACGCAGCCAACAAAGCCACCACUGCGUCCGAGUCUGCUCUUCAGACAGUGAUAAAGGAAGAUCUUCCAAGAAAAGCUAAGACUCUGAGUUCUGACAGCGAUAAACUGUUAAAUGAAGCCAAGAGAACACAGAAGAAGUUACAGCAAGAAAUUAGUCUGGCUCUCAACAACUUACAACAAACCUUGAAUAUCAUGAAGGUUCAGAAAGAACUGAUAGACACCAAUCUCACUUCUGUCCGCAACGAUCUUCGUGGGAUACAGAGAGGGGCCGUUGACAGUGUGAUCAGUGGUGCAAAGAGCAUGGUCAGGAAGGCCAGUGACAUCACGAGUGAGGUUCUGGAUGGACUCAGCCCCAUUCAGACGGACUUGGAAAGGAUCAAGGACAACUACGAGAGUGCACAGAGUGAAGACUUCAACAAAGCUCUAACUGAUGCUAAUAAGUCAGUAAAGAAAUUAACCAAGAAACUGCCUGACCUUUUGAGUAAGAUUGAAAGUAUCAACCAGCAAUUGUUGCCCCUGGGGAACAUCUCUGACAAUGUGGACCGAAUUCGGGAACUAAUUCAGCAGGCCAGAGAUGCUGCGAAUAAGGUCGCGGUCCCCAUGAGGUUCAACGGGAAAUCUGGCGUUGAAGUCCGGCUGCCGAAUGACCUGGAAGAUUUGAAAGGCUACACAUCUCUGUCUUUGUUUCUCCAAAGACCAGACUCAAGAGAAAACGGGGGGACUGAGGAUAUGUUUGUGAUGUACCUCGGAAAUAAGAAUGCCUCUGGGGACUACAUCGGCAUGGCAGUUGUGGAUGGCCAGCUCAGCUGUGUCUACAGCCUGGGCGACCGAGUGGCUGAACUCUCCGUGGACCAGAUCUUGACCAAGAGUGAGAGUCAGGAAGCCGUUAUGGACAGGGUGAAGUUUCAGAGAAUUUAUCAGUUUGCAAGGCUUAAUUACACUGAAAAAGCCACGUCCACUAAACCCAAAGCGCCCCAGUUCUAUGACACUCACAGUGGAAGCAGCAACACGCUCCUCAACUUGGAUCCGGAAAAUGUUGUGUUGUAUGUUGGAGGCUACCCACCUGAUUUUCAACUUCCUAGUAAACUAAGAUUCCCUCCAUAUAAAGGUUGCAUUGAAUUAGAUGACCUCAAUGAAAAUGUUUUGAGCUUGUACAACUUCAAAAAAACUUUCAAUCUCAACACAACUGAAGUGGAACCUUGUAGACGGAGAAAGGAAGAGUCAGACAAAAAUUAUUUUGAAGGUACAGGCUAUGCUCGAGUUCCAACUCAAGCAAAUGCUUUCUUCCCAACCUUUGGACAGACAAUCCAGACCACCAUGGACAGAGGUUUGCUGUUCUUUGCAGAAAAUCAGGAUCACUUCAUAUCCUUAAAUAUAGAAGAUGGCAGUGUCACGGUGCGAUACAAACUGGAUUCCGAGCCACCAAGAGAUAAAAGAAUUAGAGGCACCAUCAACAAUGGGAAAGAUCAUUUGAUUCUAAUCAAAAUUGGAAAAAUCCAAAACCUUAUGAGAAUAAAUGUGGAUGAUCAAAAUAUUAGAAUUGAAGGGAAAAUAUUUGAUUUCAGCGUGUAUUAUCUGGGUGGAAUUCCAAUUGCAAUCAGGGAAAGGUUUAAUAUUUCUACACCUGCUUUCCGAGGCUGCAUGAAAAAUCUGAAGAAGACCAGUGGUGUCGUGAGACUGAAUGAUACUGUGGGAGUGACCAAAAAGUGCUCUGAAGACUGGCAGCUUGUGCGGUCGGCCUCCUUCUCCAGAGGAGGACAGCUGAGUUUCACUAACCUGCAUGUGCCGCCCCCUGGCCACUUCCAGGCCUCCUUUGGCUUUCAGACCUUCCAGCCCAGUGGUGUGUUGCUAUAUUAUCAGACGCGGACAAGUAACCUGCAGGUAACUCUGGAAGACGGUCACAUUGAAUUGAGCACCAGGGAGAGCAACAGCCCAAUUCUUAAGUCUCCUCAGACGUACAUGGAUGGUUUACUGCACUACAUCUCUGUAAUAAGUGAUACCUCAGGCCUCCGGCUUCUCAUUGAUGACCAACCUCUCCGAAAGGACCAGAGGCUACAGAGUGUUUCAAAUUCCCCACAGUCCCUCCACCUGGGUGGGAGCGCUUUCGAGGGUUGUAUCAGCAAUGUUUUCAUCCAGAGGUUUAUGGAGAGCCCUGAGGUCCUAGAUUUUACUAAUAAAUCUACCAAGAGAGAAGUGUCCCUGGGAGGCUGCAGUCUGAACAAACCACCUUUCCUAAUGUUACUUAAAGGCUCCACGAGGUUUAACAAGGCCAGGACCUUCGACGUGAACAAAAUGUUGCAGGAUGCACCAGUGGCCUCUGCCAGGAGCACGGAAGUGUGGCGAGACCAGAAGCCCUGCUCACCCCCCGCUGCGGCCCAGACCAGUCUCAGAGCCCUCCAGUUUGGGGACAGUCCCACCAGCCACUUGCUCUUCCAGCUUCCCCAGGAGUUGCAGAAACCCAGGUCAGAGUUUUCUGUGGACAUACACACGACCUCCUCCAGGGGGCUGGUGUUUUACGCGGGCACCAAGAACUCCUUUAUGGCACUUUACCUGUUGAAAGGACACCUGGUCUUUGCCCUGGGGGCAGCAGGCAAAAAACUGAGGCUCAAAAGUAAAGAAAAAUACAAUGAUGGGAAGUGGCACACGGUGGUGUUUGGGCAAGAUGGCGGAAGGGGACACCUGCGUGUGGAUGGCCUGAGGGCCCAGGAAGGCAGUUUGCCCAGAAAUUCCACUGGCAGCCCAAGAGCAGAGGUUUACCUGGGGUGGUCUCCAUCAGGGAAGCCAAAGAACCUCCCCCAAAACAGCUUUGUGGGAUGCCUGAAGAACUUUCAAUUGGAUUUAAAACCCUUGGAUUCCCCUUUGACAAACUUUGGGGUAUCUCCUUGCUUGAGUGGCUCUUUGGAGAAAGGCAUUUAUUUCUCCCAAGAAGGAGGUCACGUCAACCUGGCUAACUCAGUGCUGUUGGGGCCAGAGUUCAAGCUUAUGUUCAGCAUUCGCCCAAGAAGUCUCACUGGGAUCCUAAUACAUAUUGGAAGUCAACGAGGACAGCACUUAAGUGUUUAUAUGGAGGCAGGAAAGGUCACAGCCUCUGUGGACAGCGGAGCGGGCAGGAUGUCGACGUCAGUGACCCCGAAGCAGGCUCUGUGUGAGGGGCAGUGGCACUCCGUGGCAGUCACCAUCAAACAACACAUCCUGCACCUGGAGCUGGACAAGGACAACAGCCACACAGCCGGGCAGCUCACCUUCCCACCCCACGGCACCCAAGGGUCUCUGCACAUUGGUGGUGUCCCAGCCAAUCUGAAGACAUUGAACCUUCCAGUGUGGAGGUCAUUUUUUGGCUGUCUAAAGAAUAUUCAAGUCAAUCAGAAGCUGGUCCCUAUUUCUGAAGCCAUGGAAGCCCAGGGCUCUGUCCGUCUGAACGGCUGCCCUGAGUACUAACCCAGAGCUGCCACACAGCAGGAAAUUUGCCUGCGUGCCUCCCUCCACAACUCAAAGUCAUGCUUGACUCGACACCAUCAGGACACGCUUACCGCACAUCUAAUUUUGAAUUCUGACCAUGUAGACCCAUCAUUUAGGCAGUCAAUGUAACAUAUUUCACACAAAAAUCCCAUUUCUUGAAGAAGAUGAACAAAUUGUUAUUCAAAUAUGUACAUCCAUGCUGCAUAUUAUUGCAUACAAAAAUCCCAUUUCUUGAAGAUGGACAAAUUGUUAUUCAAAUAUGAACAC